UGGCAGGCGUUCGUCCGAGUCUUUCACUCCAUCUCCCAGGAGCCUCGGGAGCCGCGUUUCCGGCGCCGGGUGGCAAGAGGCGGGUUUUGGAGACCCCAGUCCCCUUGGGUCCCACUGUGGUUCCGGGGUGGUGACUGUAAAAAACGAAAGGUCUUCGGAAGCUGCAGUAAGCAGGCGGAGCCCCUCGCCUUAAUUUUCACCCAAGGAAGGGCCCUUGGUCCCGGCGAAGGAGUCAGGGAUCGAUCCCUGGGUUCCUGGAGCGGUUCUUCGGACACUUGAGUCAGACCAGAGCACAGUCCUAAGGGCAGAUGAGAAGUCUAAAUCCUACAAAUGUUAUGUGAUUUGCUGCAGGAGGCUCCGUGCUUAAGAAUUGGAGUCCAGGUCAUCACUCUCUCAGUCUACCACUAGGUGUAAAGGAGUGCCUGAUCAGAAUGGCUGUGAGGUGGUUUUACCUGGCUGUCCUGGCACUGAGCUCCCUGGGCUUGAUGUGCAUCCUCUUCACCAUCUACUGGAUGCGGUACUGGCACGAUGGCUUUGCCUGGGAUGGCACCAUGCUCAUGUUCAACUGUCACCCGGUACUCAUGGUUACUGGCAUGGUGGUGCUCUACAGUGCUGCGUCACUGGUGUACCGCCUGCCCCAGUCAUGGGUAGGGCCCAAGCUACCCUGGAAAAUCGGCCAUGCAGCCAUGCACCUGAUGGCCUUCAUCCUGACUGUGCUGGGGCUGUUUGCCGUCUUUAAGUUCCACAACCAUAGCAAGAUCCCCCAUCUCUACUCUCUGCACAGCUGGCUGGGCAUCACUGCCGUCUUCCUCUUCGCCUGCCAGUGGCUCUUGGGCUUUGUGGUCUUCCUGCUGCCCUGGGCGUCCUUGCAGCUGCGCAGCCUCCUUAAACCCUUCCACGUCUUCUUUGGAGCCUCCAUUCUCUCUCUGGCCAUUGCGUCUGUUGUUUCCGGCAUUAAUGAGAAGCUUUUCUUCAGCUUGAAAAAUGGCACCAGCUUGUACUCCAACUUGCCCGGUGAGGCUGACUUUGCCAACAGCACUGGGAUGCUGGUGGUGGUCUUCGGGCUGCUGGUGCUCUAUAUCCUACUGGCCUCGCCUUGGAAACGCCCAGAGCUGGGGAUGCAGGCCGAAAGACAGGCCCUGUUGCGUGGUGGGGAGUGACACAGGAAGGGGUUCCUGGGAGCAGUUGGUGAUGUGGUCCUGACUCCUUCAGAAGCUCUGCUCUCCCUGGGGCUCCUGUCCGGUUUCAGCAACAGACUUGCUUUGGGGUCCGGGCCCCACGCUCCCCUGGCCUCUGUUGGGCCUGCUCUCUCCACAGCUUGCUGCCCACCUGCGUUCCUUGGUGGCUUUGGCUUCUCCGCCCUUCUUGGCAUUGACUUCCCAGGCUCUCCUUGCCCUGGCUGCUCACGCUGCUCCUGCUCGUAUGAAGUCAAGCCGAUUUCCCCUUCGGGCCCCUCGGAUGUGGUAGAAAACCCCGACGGCACAGACGAGCUGGGCCUCCGGCACAGUCCACACUGUGAGACGUGAGGGAGGCGGCCCUCCCGCCAGCCUUCCCUUGAGGCCUGCGUUUCGUGUGAGCCGCCCGCCCUGGGCCAGGCUUCACCUGCCGUUUCUCCAUCCAGCCCAUCCGGACAUGAGGCUGGGCGAGAACACGGCGCAGCGAUGGGAGGACCGGGAUGGCGCAGAGCCACUCCCGCAGAGGCGAAGCUGAGGAGCCGGCUGCUCUCUGCUAUUUCACGUUGUUGCCGUGUCGUGUCUGCAUGCAUUAUCCGUGCUCUAUGGUGCCGCCUCUUAUAGCUGCUGCUGCAACUGGGACCUGGACCCCAGCCUUUCCCUGUGACGGACAUGCCUGUCACUGAGAGGCAGCCCUGUGAACCCAGGAACAGCCUGCCCUGAGCUGUCCCACGAGGAGUAGCAGGGGUGCCUUGGACCUCCUUUCCUUCCCCUGCCUGUGCCCUGGCAGGUUCCACCUUGCUCUCUUGGCAGGGCCCUCACCCAGCUCCUUCACUCUCCGGCUCAGCAUGAAACGUGCCAGAGCUGUGGUGUGUUGCGCCCAGUGGAGCCCUGGGAGCCACGGCCACCUCCAGAGGUGUUCCUUGCUGAGUGUCAAAGUGCUUCAACUUGCCCCUACAAUGGCCACUCGCCUGGCCAGACCCAGUCUCAGAUGUUAAGCCAGAGUGUGAGCCGUUGCUCUUCUCCCUGACAAGCUGGGGUGGCAGGUCUUGCUCCUCUCCUCAGUGUUGGCACUGUGCCUCUUCCUGCCUUCCAAACACGCCCUGCUGGGUCCCAGGCUCCAUCCUGCUGUGCUUAGGUGACAAGCAGCAUGACACAUGGGUCCCGAAUGGGCUUACUCCCUGGCAGGUGGCCACGAGGCUGUCUAUCCCACCCCACCCCAUAUGGCCAGAUGUUGGCAGGAGGCUAUGACUGAACUUCUGGAGUGGCUGAAACCCUCAAAAACCAUUGGGAUGACUGCCAGGCACCAUGGCCCUGGGACCAGCUCCCCCUCUUUCCAUACGGGUAGGCAUUUCACUUAUGAAGCUUAAUUUUCAUUAAAUGUGUUUUUAAGAACCA